UAUGGAAGCAAUCGAUGGUUUGAUACCCUAGUUCUUUAUUCAACAAGUCAUGUUCUUAUGUUUCCUUAUCCACAUCGGGCUUUCACCUUCUCAACACUUCCUUCCUGUGGGUGGCCUCUACUUUUCUUAGUGUCUCGUCCUUGCGGGAUGUAUGAUGGAUGUCAUCCAGAUCAUGGAUGACGGAUUGAUGGCGGAUGGCAUGUAUAUGUUUAUGUAUCAGUGUUGAGCCAAGCGAUUACCCCUUCACUCACUUACGUAAAGGGUAUGUGUUGGCCACAUCACAUGAGACUACCUCUAUCCAUCCAUGGGUUUCCCUCACCGAGGCCAUGUCUACUUCUUCUUAUCUUGCGUUUUACACCAUUGCUGUUCAUUCAGGGAGAGAGAGAUAUCAUGUCGUACGGGCCACUCGGCCAAGUGCUCUCCCUACCUGACUACGACGCUUUCUUACCAUACAAACAGUCACGGUUCUCAUCUCUACACCCACCUCAACAGGCAAAAGAUCUUUUUAACUACCAAAGGCGACAUAUGAACAAGCCAACCAUCUCCAUCAACGCCCUAGCCAAGACUAACGACACUAUAUCCACAAGAAAGAAAUCAAGCCACAAAAUCCCCGAAUCCUACCCUCCCCCCUCUCUGGUAUAGGCAAACCCGGCUAGAUACAGAAGAGCCAUGAGCUAUCCACCAACCA